AAACGUCAAUAAUAAUUAGGGUAAAGCAAAGAUAGUGAAGCAGAGCCGCAAAAACAUUUUCUCAAAAUCAACGAAGAUAGAUUCAGAUCGGAAACGUAAGAACGAUUCGGUCUCCUCCACAGAUCGAACAUUGAAAGAGAAGAAAGACGAUCAUCACCAUCACCAUCACAACAAGCAUCGGAAGAAGAGCAAGAUGGCGUCGAGAGACCAAGUUAAGGCAUCGCACAUUUUGAUUAAGCAUCAAGGAUCUCGGAGGAAGGCGUCGUGGAAGGAUCCAGAAGGGAAAAUCAUCUUGACUACCACUAGAGAAGCCGCCGUUGAGCAGCUUAAGUCGAUCCGUGAAGAUAUUGUCUCCGGGAAGGCGAACUUCGAAGAAGUGGCGACUCGUGUUUCUGACUGUAGCUCUGCUAAACGCGGCGGCGAUCUUGGUCCCUUUGGUCGAGGUCAAAUGCAGAAACCAUUUGAGGAAGCGACUUACGCACUCAAGGUGGGAGAUAUAAGCGACAUUGUCGAUACAGAUAGUGGAGUCCACAUCAUUAAGAGAACAGCUUGACCUGAUCCGAUCUAAUAAAUGUAUCGAAGGUGCCAGCUUUGUUUCCCUUCUCUUCUUGACCAGAAGAACAUAGAAGAAGAAGAAUAAGAAGAAGUUAAUUCAAGGUUAUUGUUAUUGUGGUUUUGAUUCGGAAACUGUCUACGAAUUUGAUACAAACAACCCAAACAUAUGAUAAAACCAGACACUCUAUCUCAUUUCUUCUUAAAGCUUCAUAAGCACAUUCCAUGUCGUAGACAGUGAUUUGUAUAAUCAUAUUUCAGUAUCUUUGUCAUAUGUUACUGCAACAUUCUGGCAUCUUUUUUAGUGUUGUCAUUUUGCUCUUAAACUUUUGAUAA